GAUCCCUUCAGCCAAUAGUGGUUAAGGUCACCAGAGCUUCCUGCUUGCGUCUCGACCUCUGUCAGAGGACCUCUAGAUCAGCCCACCGGGCCUCUCUCACCCCCAACCCUCUCGAUACGAGAAGAGGCGUGCACGUGGGCGUGCGGCUGUCACUCUAUUCCAGCUGGACGGACACAACACAAAGUUUAAAGACGAGAGGGCACGCUGCAGCACAGGACGCACCGGGCUGAUCACUUUGGGCUGGUCACUUUGGGCUUCUCCUUUUCGGAUUUUACUUUUUCCGUUCCGUUGUGUUGUUGUCAAAGUGCUCCUCGGUUUAAUUCCGGGCUUGUUGUCCUUUUGGGGGAGUUCUCACGUGUCUCCAUUUGGCACAAGACGCAUCUGUCAUCAACCGUUACUGCCAAAAAGAGCUGCCAAAGUCAUGCCGGCCGGGUUUCAGCAACUCGGAGGGGAGACAUUGACUGGAACCUUUGUUCUCUCUGUCUUUACCGCCGUCCUGGGAUCUCUAGAGUUUGGAUACAAUAUCGGAGUCAUCAAUGCACCUCAGAAGAUCAUCGAGGAGGACUAUAAUGCCACAUGGGUGCACCGGUAUGGCGAGCCCAUCCCCGCAGGGACGCUCACCUCCCUCUGGUCGCUGUCCGUGGCCAUCUUCUCAAUUGGCGGCAUGCUGUCCUCCUCCUGUGUGGGCUUCGUCUCCGAGUGGCUGGGCAGGAGGAAAGCCAUGCUCAUCAACAACAUGUUUGCCUUCAUUGGUGGAAGUAUGAUGGGGUUGUCAAAGCUCUGCCGCUCCUUCGAAAUGAUGAUCCUCGGACGCUUUGUCAUCGGCAUCUACUGCGGGUUGGCGUCAGGCUUGACACCGAUGUACGUGGGCGAGAUCGCUCCCACAAAUCUGCGAGGGGCGCUGGGCACGCUGCACCAACUGGCUAUCGUCACUGGGAUCCUCAUAGCACAGGUCCUCGGUCUGGAGUCGUUGCUGGGCGUUGAGGACUUGUGGCCCAUCCUGUUGGGUUUAUCGGUGGUGCCGGCUGUGUUCCAGAUGGCACUUCUGCCUUUCUGCCCCGAGAGCCCUCGCUUCCUCUACAUCGUCCGCUGCCAGGAGCACCAGGCCAAGAGAGGCCUGAGGAGGUUGACCGGCAGGCAGGACGUGAGCAGCAUGCUGGCGGAGAUGAAGGAGGAGAAGAGGAAGAUGGACAUGGAGAGGAAGGUGUCCAUCCUGGAGCUCUUUCGCUCUCCGCUCUAUCGCCAGCCCAUCAUCAUCUCCAUCCUGCUGCAGCUCUCCCAGCAGCUGUCUGGGAUCAACGCAAUUUUCUACUACUCCACCAGUAUCUUCAUGAAGGCCGGAGUCCAGAGCCCCGUCUACGCCACCAUCGGAGCAGGCGUGGUGAACUGUGCCUUCACCGUGGUCUCGCUGUUCCUGAUCGAGAGGAUGGGUCGACGGACGCUGCACAUGCUGGGACUUGGUGGAAUGUGCGUCUGUGCCGUCGUCAUGACAAUGGCUCUUGCGUUGUUGGACAGCGUCCCCUGGAUGAGCUACAUCAGCAUGCUGUCCAUCUUCGGCUUCGUGGCCUUCUUUGAGAUCGGUCCGGGUCCCAUCCCCUGGUUCUUUGUAGCCGAGCUGUUCUCUCAGGGCCCGAGGCCGGCUGCCAUGGCCGUGGCCGGCUUCUCCAACUGGACCGCCAACUUCAUCAUCGGCAUGAGCUUCCAAUAUGUUGCCGACCUGUGUGGGCCAUACGUCUUCCUAAUAUUCGCAGUUCUUCUCCUCUUCUUCCUCAUCUUUACAUUCUUCCGGGUGCCAGAGACACGAGGAAAAACCUUCGACCAGAUCGCAGCAAACUUCCAUCAGGACUCCGUAGGAGGAAUGAUGGACAUGGACAUGGAUCUGGACAAGCCCAGCACCGAGCUGGACUAUUUGGGGGAGGAAAGCAACAACUGAGAAGUUGCUGCUGAAGAGAGAUGGGACUGAGUAGACCUUGGAAUGGGCCCGACUCCAAACUUUUACUUUGACAUAUUGUAUAUUGAGGUCACCUGUUGAAUAGAUGCCAAAGCAGUGUUACUAGUGUGACAGUUUGGGUGUUUUGGAAUUGUCCCUUGUUGGUAUCAAAUAUGAGGUUAUGAAUUGAGCCUCGACACCUGUGGAGUAAGAGUUGACUACUGUAGUUUCAAGGUGAACAUCAGAGCGUCUGGACUGUUGAGGCAUUGCCUUCCCUCGUGGGAGGAUUUCAGUCCACGGUGGUGAACUUGACUUUAGAAUUCCUGCACUUUAUCUACAAAGACAUCCAAAGUUUUGAGUUUUGGAAAUACCCUCCCCCCCCCCCCAAAAAAGAAAUAGCAUCCACAGCCACAGAGCAAAGUAUACUUGCAUAUUUUGUACUAAAUCUGGGAACGCGUAAAUCUAACAGACUGAAGAACAUUUAACCGACUGUAUUCAGAUUUUUACCAUUUUGGUGAAGAAUAGAAUAGAAUAUACACUUUUAUUAAUCCCCAAGGGGAAAUUAGUUCUCUGCAUUUAACCCAUCCUUAGUUAUUAAGGAGCAGUGGGCUGCGGUGAAGCGCCCAGGAAGCAACUGGGGGUUCAGUGCCUUGCUCAAGGACACUUCGACUUGCAACUAAUGGGGAGAGCGGGGAUUGAGCCCACAGCCCUGCGGUUGCAGGACGGCCCUCUUACCCCACUGAGCUAAAGCCACCCCUAACAAAAUAGUGUUCAGCCUUAAUUGUUGCUUACUCAGUGGAGCCACCUGUGAGGAGAGAAUUACCCACAAUGCACGCGUGAAAUUACCAGGUUUUCAAUGUAGUGCGUUCCCAGCUUUAGGCAAAGUGCCAUCACACGAUUUGUGAUCUUAACUUACUUCAGAAAUACUUUUAAAAAUGGAGAACUAUCCGUAGUUCACAUGUACAUAUAGUGUGUUAUUUGGUUGUUGAUAUUGAGGGUCUAAAAGUUUCAAUUCUUUAUGCACUCCAGGUGUGAACAGAAGCCAGACACAAGAGCAAGAUGUGCAAUUAAGGGCUGAAUGUAAAGACUAGCGCUUUUAUUUUAUUACACAAGCAUCAUAUGUUUGUGUUUUUCUUCUGUUGUGUGUGCAGUAUAUUCUUUCAUGGUGUGUAUCACUACCUUCUGAUUGUAUUCAAGGUGUUCAGGGAGGAUCUGUAAUUAUAACACUGGUCAUUUAGUGACUAAACGAUGCAAGUACUGUAUAAUAAUACUUUUUCUGAAAACACCUGAGAAGGCCUCCAGUAAUUUAUACCUAGUACUUGAAAUUGUGCUAAAUCCCAAAAAAUAUAUAUAUAAUACAAUCAAAAGCAGCAUCUUAACCUGCACCAUCAAGAAAAACCGACUGCAUCCUGAGAUUUGCAAACAUGAUUUAUUAAUAAGCAUUUUUACUACCGACAUUGCACAUAAUCCCCUCCAAAGAAAAGCACACACACAAAUAAGUAAAACACAAAAAUAAAGUUUAUCAUCAAACUUUCCUCAACCGAGGAGAUGAAGGGAGUAGUACGUUUCAAGAAUCGAUUGAGGUGGUACCAGAACUAAACUGACUCCCAUAAUGCACCACCAACCUCACACCUGCUUGGUUUUCCCUCUUCAACCAAAUUUUAAAAAGUUAAAUAAAAAUCAAGGCUGGUU